UCAUCUUCUUUAUUCCUAACCCGCCGCAACCUCCUGCUCCGAGUUAUCGUGCAGCCCCCAACUCUCUCUUCUCUCUCUCUGCCCCCACCUUCUCUCGUCCCCAUGGCGACACCAAACCCUAGCUCCUUCCUCGACGACCCGCUGCCUCCCGAGCCUGCGGUGCGAGAGCCCAAGGUGCGAGAGCCGGAAGUGCGGGACCCGGAGCCGCUGGAGCCGGAGUCGCCCCUCCCCGCCGCCUCAAUCGAGCCAACCCCCUCCGGCGAGGACGACAGCGACGACUCCUCUUCCGUCUCCUCCGUCACGUCUACCCCCGCCGCGGCGGCGGGCGCCGGCGAGGGGGGCGGGAUCGAGCGGCCUUUCCCCGCGGCCAAGGACCUGCUCCACAUCUCCUUCAACCAGGACUACGGCUGCUUCGCGGCGGGGACCAAGACCGGCUUCCGCAUCUACAACUGCGACCCGUUCCGCGAGAUCUUCCGCCGCGACCUCGGGGGCGAGGACGACGCCGGCGGCCAGGGCGGGGGCAUCGGCGUCGUCGAGAUGCUCUUCCGGUGCAACAUCCUCGCGCUCGUCGGCGGUGGGAACGCCCCGCACUACCCGCCCAACAAGGUGAUGAUCUGGGACGACCACCAGAGCCGCUGCAUCGGGGAGCUCUCCUUCAAGUCCCCCGUGCGCGGCGUCCGCCUCCGCCGCGACCGCAUCGUCGUCGUCCUGGAGAGCAAGAUCUUCGUCUACAACUUUGCGGACCUUAAGCUCGUGCACCAGAUCGAGACGGCGCCCAACCCCAAGGGCCUCUGCGCAGUGUCGCAGCAGCCAGGGUCGAUUGUGCUUGUUUGCCCUGGCGCGCAGAAGGGGCAGGUGAGGGUGGAGCAUUAUGGUGCGAGGAAGACAAAGUUUAUCAAUGCGCACACUUCCCGUGUUGCGUGCUUCGCGUUGUCACAGGAUGGGAGGCUCAUUGCAACUGCUAGCACCAAGGGGACACUUGUCAGGAUCUUCAAUGCCGCUGAGGGCAAUCUUCUGCAGGAAGUUAGGAGAGGUGCCGACAGAGCAGAAAUAUAUAGCUUGGCUUUCUCAAAUAACUUACAGUACUUGGCUGUAUCCAGUGAUAAAGGAACAAUUCAUGUGUUCAAUUUGAAGAUAAAUGUGGGUUUGACCACAAAUGAUAUGCCUCUGCCAGCUCCAGACCCUGAUGUUCCCCAUAUGAGUCCAUCAUUUUCUUUUAUUAAGGGCGUACUGCCUAAGUACUUCCACUCCGAGUGGUCUGUUGCUCAAUUCAGGCUCCAUGAGGGUGAGCAAUACAUAGUUGCAUUUGGCCAUGAAAAGAAUACUGUGGCUGUUGUUGGUAUGGAUGGAAGCUUCUACCGAUGCCAGUUUGACCCAGUCAAUGGAGGAGAAAUGCAGCAGCUUGAGUGCCACAAUUUCCUAAAACCAUCGGAUCAACUGUAGCAAAUCUGAGCACUAUCUAUUUAUCUACCUUGUACCAUGGUUGUACAGUAUCUCUGUUGCUCGACUGAGGGUUAAGCAGAUGCUAAUAUUAUUUGUAAAUAUGUCUCGGUCACGAUUCCAUGAAUAUGUUCUGUGGAGGGUUUAGAAGAAUGAAGCCUCGCGUGCAGAUGAACAUAAUAGAAUGCAUUUUUAUUUUUU